AUGCUGCUUAUGGUCAGGCGCCUGCUCGACCCCGUCGUCAAAUCCUCUCCAAGCCACCACCGCUGCCUCGUCACCGGGAAACCCUUCUUCAAAUCGAGAAGAUCUUUAGCUGCAGCCAUCAAGCAGGCUUCUUCCUCCUCCCCGCGCGAUGGCUUGGGGAUCUACUGCAGAAUGCACCGCCAGUUUUCAGUCAAAAAGCUCGACAGCUACGCCUUACUGUUCGCACUGAAAUCAGCGGCCACUAUGAAAGACCCACUCAUCGUUCGCCACUUCCACGCCCAUGUCGUCAGGGUAGGCUUCGGUGGCAACGUUUACAUCGCCACUUGCCUUCUCUCUGCGUAUGUAGCUGCAUCGUUUCGUGAUGCUCGCUUACUGUUCGAUGAAAUGCCUGACAGAACCGCUGUCACCUGGAACGUGAUGAUUACAGGGUAUGCGAGGUCCGGGGACGUCGAUAAGGCGCUGGACAUGUUUGAAGAGAUGCCGCAGAGGAAUGUUGAGUCUUGGUCUGCUAUGAUAACUGCUUUUGUUCAUAGUGGGCGCUGGGCAGAAGGUUUGUUUCUGUUUCGUGAGAUGAUGAUGGCGGGGAAUGAUGGACCGAUGAUUAUGCCGGAUAAGAUAACUUUGUCGACUGUUUUAUCUUGUUGCGCCCAAAUGGGUUGUCCUGGAUCAGUACUUGGGAGAUCGGUUCAUGGUUAUUUGUUGAAGAUGAAUGGGGAAAUUGACAACGUUCUUGUGGACAUGUAUGCCAAGUGUGGAGUUUUCAAGUAUGCUUGCCUGGUUUUUUCUGCAAUGAAGGAAAAGAACGUCAUAGCAUGGACUGCAUUGAUAAGUGGAGCAGCUAGGCAUGGAUGUAGUGAAGAAGCAUUAUCAUUGUUCGAGAUGAUGAAAGAAGAAGGCGUCCGACCAAAUGAGAUGACUUUCACAGGUGUUCUUCAUGCUUGUGCUCACACGGGAAUGGUGGGAGCCGGGCGAAGGUACUUCAACAUGAUUGAAGAGUAUGGUUUGGAGUAUAAGAUACAGCACUAUGGGUGCAUGGUCGACAUUUAUGGCAGGGCAGGACUAGUGGAAGAAGCUCGCGGGGUCAUCGAGAGGAUGAAACUUGAACCGAAUGCUGCUGUUUGGGGCUCGUUUCUGUCAGCUUGUAAGGAGCACAACCGGUUCGACAUGGCCGAGAAAGUGAUUGAGCAGGUGUUGGCAGUCAUAAAGCCGGAGACCGAUGGAGGGGUCUACACUCAGAUUUGUGAUUUAUUUGUUCUGGAUGAGAAAUGGGAGGAUGCUGAAAGAGUGAGGAAGCUCAUGCUUAACCAAAAUGUUAGGAAAGUCAGGGGAAGUAGCUUUGUCAGGAGUAGAGUGGACAGAGGCGCUGAUGAAAAGUUGCAGAUCUUUCUACUGCAAAUUCUCCUGCAGACCUGUGGGCUGGAAUACUUCCUCUUUUAG